GAGUAUAUUAAAGGACUCUGUGAACCUGAACUAGAAGAAAAGGAGUACUACCCAAAGGACAUGCACUGCAUCUUUGUUGGUGCACAGAGCCUGUUUCUCAACAGUCUUAUUCAGGAUACCUGUGCUGAUAUAACAGUGCUGGAAAUAGGAUUGCUCAGUAUUAAGGGGGGUGCAGAAGCUGUUGUUAUGGCUCAAAGUCAUGUUCAGCAGUUUGUGAAGCUUUUUGAGAAUAAUGAAAGCUUAUUAAGUGACAAUGAGUCAGAGAUUAAAAAGCAGUUCAGACAAUUUGUGGAAGCACACGCAGAUAAAUAUACAAUGGAUUUACUGAUUUUGCCUAGCUCACUAAAAAGAGAACUCCUAGCUCUCACACAAACUGAAUGUUGUGAAGUGGAGAGCGAUAUCAUAGAUCUUACAGGUUCUGAAAGCUCAACAGAACUUUUAGAGAACAAAGCCUCCAAAGUAAUUGCUACAAACAGAGAUGGAAGAGCAGGUGGUGAGGAAGCAAGAAACAAUGCUGGCACACCUGUAACUGAGCUUACAAAGCAGAUGGACACUGUCUUUUCUGAUGCUCCUGAAACAAGUUUUAUUCCCAUAAAUGUUGUGCCUCUGUUAGAGGCAGUGGUGUCUAAAGAAAGACAGUCAUGUAAAAGAAGAUCUUCUGAUGAUGAGGAAAGGCUCCCUAAAAAGCAAUUCUCUUUGGAAAAUGAUCAGGAAGUGAAAUCUGCUUCUCACAGUAAUCAUUUAGACAGUGAUGCAGUUGAUAUCCUUUCGAAUAGCUGCAGUGAAUCGGGUGAUCCCAGUUAUUGCCUUAAAGAAGGGGAUGAUAUCAGUGAGGAAAUGGAAUAUAAGAUUCUUGUGAACUUUUUCAGAACAAUGGGCUAUUCACAAAAUAUUGUAGAAAAAGUUAUUGGUAUCCUGGGACAAUCUGUGGAACCAUUAACAUUGCUAGAAGAAAUUGAAAAGGAAAAUUUAAAAUUUCAAGAAGAACACGAACAGUCAUCUCAAAAACCUAGAACUAUCAAUCCUCCUUUAGGAAGUAACGCAAAUAAUUCACAAAAGCUAGAAGACAAAGGCAUUUCUAGCAAUAAAGGUCCACUUAAAUCCAGUCAUACUUCAAAGGGGGCAAAAAAUGAAUAUCACAAAAUAAGAGAUUCACCAAGCAUGCAAGUUGAUGCAGAAGAUAAAAUGCAUAUGUUGGUAUGCAAACCUGCUUCUUCUUCCAGUAAAAAUUCAGCUAUAUGCUAUAAACAAAGAGACAUUUAUUGCCCUGGUAAGAAUCAUAGUUCAAGGUCAAGUGAUACAGAAACCGAUGACGGUGUAACUUUCAGCACUAUACAAGCUGGAGCUCUAAAAGAUGUUGAUUUUGUAGCCAGAGGGAGCUCAGAUGUACAGCAUAUCUCAACUAAGACUAAAACUGAAGUUCAGCAAAAAUCUGCAGGGCCCUCAACUGUACAGAAUAGUCAUCCUGUUUUUGAGGACCAAUUAGGACACUGCAGCUCUUCUCAAGUGAGAGCUCUCAACCAGUGCCUUUCUCAAACAUCAAAUUCUGAAAAUCCUGUCCCAGACCAGGUAUUGUCUUCAGAAAUACAUCCUUCAAGUCCUCAUAGAGACACGGUGGGACCACACAGACGUCAUCCUGAUCCUUCAGUUACUGGAGUUCAAAGAUUUUUGGAAUCUCUGAAAAAACCAUACAGACUGGAGUUGACAAAUGAACCUGGGAAACCAUAUUUGAAACAUGUCAUUAUUGAUGGAAGCAACGUUGCCAUAUCUCAUGGUCUAAGGAAAUUCUUCUCCUGUCGAGGAAUUGCAAUAGCUGUUGACUAUUUUUGGAAACGUGGCCACAGAAAUAUUACCGUAUUUGUUCCACAGUGGAGAACAAGACGUGAUCCUUACAUUACAGAGCAGGAUUUCUUAACACAGCUCCAGGAUGUUGGAAUAUUGUCUUUAACCCCUGCAAGGAUGGUUUUAGGAGCAAGAAUUGCUGCUCAUGAUGACAGGUUUUUAUUACACCUUGCUGAUAAAACUGGAGGUGUUAUUGUGACUAAUGAUAACUUCAGAGAAUUUGUGACAGAAUCACUUGCCUGGAGAGAAAUUAUUCAAAAAAGGUUGCUGCAGUACACUUUUGCUGGUGACAUAUUUAUGGUUCCUGAUGAUCCUUUGGGAAGAAAUGGACCCAGAUUAGAUGACUUUCUUCGAAGUGAAGGCCGUUCUAGAGACUUUCAGUCAGCAAAAAAGGCUUUACAGAGCAGUGGACAAUAUUCUUCUGAGACACCUUUCUUCGUACCAGUCCCCAAACCAACCAGUAGCAGUCGGCAGCCUAAAAACAGAGUACAUGGUGAUCGUGCAUCAACAUGGCUUCCGCUGGAAACAAACAUACAGGCUUGUCUAGCAAUUCCACCACAGAGAUCUGCCUCAGAAACAGUACAGCUAAGAGAAGCCUUGAUAAAAAUUUUUCCUGAUUAUGAGCAAAGACAGAAGAUUGAUCAAAUACUAGCUGAUCAUCCAUUCAUGAGAGAUCUUAAUGCAUUGUCUGCCAUGGUGCUUGACUGAGUAUCAUACAGGGGGUUUAUAUCACAACUGAUCUGACUAACUUUGAAUAUCAAUGUGAAGAAAAUUGUUGCUCUUUUAUGUUACUCUGUGAAUAUUCAGAACCUAAUUUUAUUUGUAUAAACAAAGAUAUUUUUUGUGUAUGUUCUGUUGCUAAUAGAUGCCAGUUUUUGGUAAAUUAAAAACUGCUGCUACUACA